AGCGGUGUCGGGGCGGGGCGUGCGGUCCAGGGUGGGCGGGGGUCGUGCUCUCCGGAGCGCGGGGCCGCCCCCUGCGCCCGCCCAGGUCCCGCCCCGCGCGCGGGCCUCAGUUUCCCAGGCCGUUCCGCACCGGGACGUGGGCGGCGGCGGGGAGGUGCCUGGGGCUGGGAUGCUGCGCCCCGGUCCCGGGACGGUUGGCUUCUGGAGCUGCGGUUUCUUUGCACAACCUUCGCAGGCUGCGUUAUUUGCUGCCCAGAGUCGGGGGCAGGGCGCACAGAAGUACUGCAGUGUUGGGUAACCGGCUCCCCCGGCAGAUGCGGUCACUUGAGGCCAGGAGGGGCCCACAGUGGGCCAGCGAGCCCAGGCAGUACCAGUGGGACCCUGCCCUGUUCUGGAGCAUGCAAAGACCCCUUGUGUUCCCCGUGUCCCCUUGGCAGGAGCAGCUCUGAUACAGCCUGGCUUAGCCACAGGAGCCACCGCUUUAGGUGCGCGCUGGCUGUAAGCCAGUCGGGGGAAGGGUGGAGACGGCGACAGUGUGCCCUCGUGCAGUCCCGCCACACGCUCAGCCAGGCCGGAUCGGAGCAAUCCCCAUCAUGGGCUGGGGAGCCGGAGGCAGCUGCACCCCGCGCCCACCCAUCCGCCAGCAGCCGGAAUCCGAAACCCGCGUGGUCACCGUAGUCUUCCUCGGCCUUCUGCUGGACCUCCUGGCCUUCACUCUGCUGCUGCCCCUGCUGCCCGGGCUGCUGGAGAGCCAUGGCCGGUCCCACGAUCCCCUCUAUGGCUCAUGGCAGCGAGGAGUGGACUGGUUUGCUGCAGCCAUCGGGAUGCCCGCAGAGAAGAGAUACAACAGCGUCCUGUUUGGAGGUCUGAUUGGCUCAGUUUUCUCCGUCCUGCAGUUCCUCUCCGCACCACUCUCGGGGGCCGUAUCUGACUGCCUAGGGAGGCGCCCGGUGAUGCUGCUGUCUCUGGCAGGUCUGGCCACCUCGUAUGCUGUGUGGGCUGCCUCGAAGAGCUUUGCAGCCUUCCUGGCCUCCAGGGUGAUCGGGGGCAUCAGCAAGGGGAACGUCAGCCUUUCUACUGCCAUUGUCGCCGACCUGGGCUCACCUGCCGCCCGUAGCCGGGGCAUGGCAGUCAUCGGGGUGGCCUUCUCUCUGGGCUUCACGCUGGGCCCUAUGCUUGGCGCCUCCCUGCCCUUGGAGUCGGCACCUUGGUUGGCCCUGCUCUUCGCGAUCUCUGACCUGCUGUUCAUCUUCUGCUUCUUGCCGGAGACUCUGCCCUUGGAGAAGCGGGCGCCCUCCGUCACCCUGGGGUUCCGAGCUGCUGCUGACCUGCUCAGCCCCCUGGCCCUGCUCCGCUUCUCUGCUGUGGCUCAUGGCGCAGACCCGCCCACUGGAGUCAGGCUGGGCAGCCUGCGCCGCCUGGGCCUGGUCUACUUCCUCUACCUCUUCCUGUUCUCGGGCCUGGAGUACACGCUGAGCUUCCUCGUGCACCAGCGCUUCCAGUUCAGCAGCCUACAGCAGGGAAAGAUGUUUUUCUUCAUCGGCCUCACCAUGGCCACCAUCCAGAGCACCUACGCCCGACGGAUCAGCCCUGGCAGGGAAGUUGCAGCUGUGAAGCGGGCCAUCCUGCUGCUCCUCCCCGCCUUCCUCCUCAUCGGCUGGGGGCACACGCUGCCUGUGCUAGGCUUGGGGCUGCUGCUCUACUCCUUCGCCGCCGCUGUCGUGGUGCCCUGCCUGUCCUCCGUGGUCGCCGGCUAUGGCUCACCCAGGCAGAAGGGCACAGUCAUGGGCACGCUGCGGAGCCUGGGCGCCCUGGCCAGGGCGUUGGGGCCCAUGGUGGCUGCCUCAGUGUACUGGCUGGCUGGGGCCCGGGUCUGCUUCACCGUGUGCGCGGGGCUCUUCCUGCUCCCCUUCUUCCUCCUGCGGGACCCGAGGCCCCCGGCACAGACACACAAGGCUGAGUAGCUGAGCCGUGACCCCACGCUGAGGCCGGAAGUGGGAGGUCUGGGCCAGGACUGCUCCGCUGCCUCGUCCCUACCGGGGCCCAGCCCAGGCGGGCCCAGGACCUGCAGCCCCAGGGCGCCCACGAGCCCCGUGGACCUGGCCUGUCUACCCAGAGGAGCAGACACUACAACUUCUCUUUUCUACUCAGUGCCACAGGGUGUCAGCCAGGCCUCUGAACGACGAAAUAAAGCAGCUAUUUUGUAUCAA